UGGUAGUAACUUGAAAGGUCAAGUGGCUUGGCUAUAUGAAGAAGAGGAGACUCUCUGGUCAGAGACGGCGAUGAUUCUAGGCCGAUGGGUUUCCUUCAGUUGCGGAAACACGCCGGUGACUAAUUGUUCCGAACGACGACGACAUACGGAGUUUCGUCGUCUCUCCUCUGCUAGUACUUGUCGACCUUCUCUCAUAUGCUCUUGUCUCAAAAGCAAAUCCUCCCAAGAAACUACUCAGAUUGAACAGUUGGGGAAUGGAGAAGGGUUCUCAGUUUUGGCAUCAGAGAUUCCAUGGGAGGAUGAUAACAUAUGGAGCACAUUUGCUCUUUACAUGUUCUCUCUGCAUAUUCCUCUCAGUUUUGGGGGUUUAUCCAUUGUUGCCAACAUACUCCACCGGCAGGUUCUUGAUCCUCAGACCCAAGUGCUAUCACUUGUGGUUCUCCAAAUGGUAGAACUUGCAGGGACAGUCUUGCUGCUGAGGACCACAGCGAAGCCUCAGUGCAAAUCAAUCAACUUUCUAAAGGGUAAUAACGAAACAAGGGAAGGAAGAAACUGGGUGGUUGGCUCAGCAUUGGGUUUGGGAUGUCUUGUGGGCUUUAUCUUCGUCACGUCGCUUGUAGCUGAUCAACUCUUUGGCCCUAAGGCUGUACAUGAAUCAGAAUUGGAGAAGAUAAUGGUGAGCGGGGAAGUGGCGAGAAGCGGAUGUUUUGCUCUCUACUGCGUAGUAGCUCCCAUCCUUGAGGAGAUAGUGUACAGACGCUUUCUCCUGACCUCCUUAGCGUCGAGAAUGGAAUGGUGGAAGGCACUAGUGAUCAGCUCAGGAGUAUUUGCUGCAGGUCACUUCUCAGGUGAGGAUUUUGUGCAGCUGUUUGGGAUAGGUUGCGGUCUCGGGUUAUGUUACAGCUGGUCAGGGAACUUAGCCUCAUCAGUGCUCGUCCACUCCUUGUACAAUGCAUUGACACUUCUCUUCUCUUAGCCACGUUCAGAUGACAAGGAAAAUUUCCCCACCGAACUCUCUUUGUUAAAGACAAGACAACGUAUAAACUAUAAACCACUACACUUGUUCCAAGCAUUGUUCAAACGAUCAAAGAAGAUGGGCAACAAAGGGCAAGCAUGAUGAAGAUGAUGAUUAAAGAUCAAAUUCUUAAAUUUUGGAAGCCGUCCUUCACCUUCACAUCCUCUCUAUGGUUGAUAUAUAAGAGCUUUUCUCCUAUAACUCACUAGGUCCAUACCAAGAUAUUUUUGCCUGCACAUCGAGCUUUUCUUACAACAAUAAUCGAAGAAUCUAAACCAAACGACUUCGUCAGUGCUCGUCCACUCCUUGUACAAUGGCUUGACACUUGUCCUUACGCUACUCUUUUAGCCACGCCGUAACAGAGAAGGAAAAUGGUUCCAACGAAUCUUUCGUUGUCAAGACAAGACAGCGAAUAAAUAGAGUGUAAAACAUAGAUGAUCUGUUCCUUAAAGCUUUAGAGAAAGAGUCGUCUUUAUGAAAGAAAGUGUGUUGACUAAACCAACAAAACAAAAGGUAAAUAAGAGCUUAUUUAACAAGUAAAAAAGGUUAGGCUUUAUUCCAAUUUCCAAGUAUAUGUCACGGCUUAGUUUAUGCAAGAAUUGUAAUAAUACAAAAUCAAAACUUGUUAAUGGGGAAAAAGGGAAGCACCAACCAAUAGGAAUUGGUGGUCCAUUACGUGAUGAGGAUUGCACAGCUGGCAAUUGUCACCGCAAACAUCAAACGGCCCUUCUUCCGCCACGUGUACAAAACCAUUUUG